AGGGGAGCUGCUGGGUAUGGAGUAUCUGUACAGUCAGUCUGGGAAAUCCCUGACUGUUAUGGAUAACCCAGAAGAGGAGGAUCGGCUGGUGGAGCAGAUGACUGAUGAGGUGGUGCAGGACGAAGGCUUUGUUGAGGAGGAACCUGAGGACCUCACAGUGCCAGUCCUCUAUGACCCCAUUGAGCCUGUCCCAGUCCACAGCAGCGGCCCCCAGGCCUUCAACCCCUGUCCCUCUGCACCAGGACCAUCCUCACUACAGCCACCCACAGGACUGCAGCGCCCUGCCCAGCCUCCUCUGCAGUCUCCUCCUCUGCACCCUGCUCAGCCUCCUCUGCAGUCUCCUCCUCUGCGCCCUGCUCAGCCUCCUCUGCAGUCUCCUCCUCUGCGCCCUGCUCAGCCUCCUCUGCAGUCUCCUCCACAGCCUUCUGUCCAGCCAAGUGCUGCCUCUGCUCCUGCAACAUCAACUGGGUCCAGUGUUGCAGACCAGGCUCCUGCUCCUGUUCUUGGACCCGAUGGCGUUGCAGGCUGGGAUAAGGUGCAGGAUCUGGCUGAGUACCUGGUGUCCCUCCGUCAGGCACUCUACCUGGACGAGCAGCAGGUCACAGAGGUCAUCCGUCUGUGGACUACUCUUCCUGAUGGGGACAAGAGGAAGAUCCACUAUCAGCCCAGACACCAGCCCAAACUGACCCACGGACGCUUCAAGGCUCCAAAAAACACAGGAGUGACACCGGGUGUGGACAGUGUGAAGAGGUGCCUGAUUGGUCAUCCUGGGGGGCCAGCUCAGUGGCCCAGCACCAGUCGCUUAGUUGAGGCCAUGUGUAUCAAACUGUGUGCACUUCACAAGUCCCCAACUAAGAAGGAUGGAGUCCGUCUUCCUCGUUGGACUAAGGUGCUCACGGAUUACCACCACAUCCGAGACCUGGUGCUGAACUGCCAAACUCUGAUGGAGGCCACGUCACUUCAGCUGUUUAUGCUGAAUCAGAGGACUCUCACUCAGUGGUAAGCA